GGCGCCGGGUCGGUGGGCGGGAGCGGCGAGUGCCCGGCAGCGCCUGGCGCACGGUGAGGAGCAGGAGCAGCCGCUGGGGCACCCCGGGGCGGCGGCAUGAAGGGAGGCGCCGCAGAUUGCUGGAGGUCUGAUCUGUGCAGCACCAUGGACUCGUCAGAAGAGACUGGAGGCUCCUCUGCAGAAGAAAACUACUUUGUGAACUACACCUUCACUGACCGCUCCCACUCAGGCCGUGUGGCCCAGGGUAUUAUGAAAUUAUGCUUGGAGGAUGAGCUCUUUGCCGAUGUUACAAUAUCAGUGGAAGGCAAAGAAUUCCAGCUGCACCGCUUGGUCCUCUCAGCUCAGAGUUGCUUUUUUCGUUCUAUGUUCACUUCCAACCUAAAGGAGGCCCACAACCGGGUGAUUGAGCUGCAGGACGUUAGCGAAAGUGUCUUUCAGCUUCUUGUGGACUACAUUUACCAUGGAACUGUAAAGCUGAGGGCAGAGGAGUUGCAGGAAACCUAUGAAGUGGCAGACAUGUACCAGCUGACUGCCCUUUUUGAAGAGUGCUCCCGUUUUCUGGCCCGUACGGUGCAGGUUAGAAACUGUCUGCAGGUCAUGUGGUUGGCAGACCAACACAGUGACAUGGAGCUCUACACAGCUGCAAAACACUGUGCAAAGUCACAUUUGUCUCAGCUGCAAGACACAGAGGAGUUCCUACACCUGCCUGUCCGCCUACUGACAGACAUCCUUACAGAUGGCGUUCCAUGUUCUCAGAAUCCAACGGUUGCCAUAGAAACCUGGAUCAACUUCAACAAGGAGGAGAGAGCCGGCUUUUCAGAGACUCUGCGAUCCAGUCUGAAGGUGAUUGGAGAAAAUGUUCACAUCUACCUGAUUGGAAAGGAGUCGUCACGUACACAUUCACUCGCUGUCUCUCUACAUUGUGCUGACGAUGACUCCAUUAGUGUGAGUGGCCAGAACAGCUUGUGUCACCAGAUCACCGCAGCCUGCAAGCACGGUAGUGACCUAUAUGUUGUUGGUGGCUCCAUUCCACGGCGCAUGUGGAAAUGCAACAAUGCGACUAUAGACUGGGAAUGGUGUGCCCCUCUGCCCCGUGACCGGCUCCAACACACCCUUGUCUCUGUGCCAAGCAAGGAUGCAAUAUAUUCACUAGGGGGGAAAACUCUACAGGACACUCUCUCUAAUGCUGUCAUAUAUUACAGAGUACGAGACAACGUCUGGACAGAGACCAGCCAGUUGGAAGUGGCAGUCUCUGGAGCUGCAGGUGUAAACCUUAAUGGUGUCAUUUACCUGCUGGGUGGGGAGGAAAAUGACUUGGACUUCUUCACCAAGCCCUCUCGGCUAAUUCAGUGCUACGAUACCAACACAGAGAAAUGCCACGUGAAGCCAUACGUGCUGCCUUUUGCAGGGCGCAUGCAUGCUGCUGUGCACAAGGACGUGGUGUUCAUUGUCGCUGAGGGGGAUUCACUGCUAUGCUAUAAUCCCCUACUGGAUAGCUUCACCCGGCUAUGCCUCCCAGAUGCCUGGAGUUCAGUACCAUCCCUCUGGAAAAUUGCCAGCUGCAAUGGCAGCAUCUAUGUCUUUCGUGACCGCUAUAAAAAGGGUGAUGCAAAUACUUUUAAACUUAACCCAGCCACCUCUGUUGUAACAGUCACGAGUGGCAUCAAAGUGCUGCUCACUAACCUGCAGUUUGUCCUGGCCUAAGCAGGAAAAACAGGCCAGUGAUAGAAAGGGCAGCAACAGUGUCCUGCUGUGCAGCUUGGAGACACCUACCACCCUCAGCACCAGUCCCAACUACCACAAGCUCACAACAUCCAGUAAAGACCCCAUUCUCUGUACCUGUGCAGAGGAAGUACAGGCUUUCUGAUUGUGGGCCUAUUCUUUUACAUAGCACUAUUGAACUUUAUUGAACUCUUGUAUCUUAGAUUUCAGAUUAACUAAAUGCCAUUACUUUGAUUCCUUGAUGAUAAGCUGCUUGUGUUUGAGGCACAAACUGCAGCAAAUGGCUAUUUUAGCCUGGAACCAAUCUACAAAUAACAAAUCCUGUGGCAUAUGGACAACAUCUUCCUUGGCCCAGGCUGCUAGUUUUAACUGCCUAGGAGCCCACGUGUUGCUGCCAUGUCAAUCACAGAGACAGACGUGCACUGUAUCCCCCAGGGAUAUCCCCAUUUAAACAUUCCUAUGUCCUACUGCAGAAGGAGGGCACGGCAGACAGAUUCCAGAGCUGACCCUAGGACCUUAAGUAGGUUGCAUUCAGCACUUCUAGAGGAGUGGUAACUAACUGGGUACUUGCUUACUGCUCUGUCAUCACCUAGCAUAAAGAAGGAGAUAAUUUUUAGACACUGGCUUCCUUUACUGUACAGGGAAUCCCCACCUGUAAUUAUAACAUAGUGUUGGUGAAAGACAGAAUUAAGACCACUUCCUACUACCCAUCUCUGUUGGCACUGUAACCCUUUGGGUAAGAAUCUGAAUAAAGUCUCUGUUGAGACAAAGGUA